UUUUUCCACUCGCCGGGCAGCCCGCUCCACUCAACAUCAACUACUCUUAAACCACCCUCUUCGCGCGUUGUUAGAGCGAUUCCCCGAAGAGCGCCAGGAACUCGCAACAAUGAAGACCGCAAGAAGAUCCACGAGUACCUCUUCCGCGAGGGUGUGCUCGUGGCCAAGAAGGACUUCAACCUUCCCAAGCAUGGCGACAUUGACACCAAGAACCUCUACGUGAUCAAGGCCCUCCAGUCCCUUGACUCCCGCGGUUACGUCAAGACCCGCUUCUCGUGGCAGUACUACUACUACACCCUCACCCCCGAGGGUCUUGACUACCUCCGCGAGUGGCUCCACCUCCCCGCUGAGGUUGUCCCCGCUACCCACAUCAAGCAGCAGCGUUCCCACGCUCCCCCCCGUGGUAUGAUGGGUGGUGAGGAGCGCGAGCGCCGUCCCCGUGCUCCCCGUGAGGGUGGCUACCGCCGCCGCGAGCAGGGUGAGAACAAGGAGGGUGGUGCCCCCGGCGAGUUUGCCCCCAGCUUCCGUGGUGGCUUCGGCCGUGGCCGUGGUGCUCCCUCUUCCUAG